GGCACACGCUCAAUCUGAUCUUUGUGGUGGGGGUUACAGUGGACUGGAUUACGGCCACGGCCAUUCCAUGGUCAGACCACCAUGUUCUGAAGGCCCGCGUGAACAUGCCACCUGAGGACAUUGCAUAUGCCUUAGAUGAAGGACAGCCAAGGCGUGGGAUCCCGGAAAUCAAUGCAGCUACAGGGAGGAAGUUCUUCCAAGGGGACAUUAUCUUGCCGCCACAGAAAAAUGCGCUAAGGAACGCCUCCUACAGGUGGAAUCUUCCAAUUCCUUACAUAAUGGGUAGCACCUUGGAUCUGAAUACUAAAGGCGUCAUCUUGCAGGCAUUUGAAAUGUUUCGACUGAAGUCUUGUAUUGACUUCAAACCUUACGAGGGAGAAAAGUCGUAUCUCCAGUUUGAGAAGCUGGAUGGAUGUUGGUCCUUCGUAGGUGAUUUUAAGACUGGCCAGAAUGUUUCUAUUGGACCGCGUUGUGAAUAUAAAGAUACUGUGGAGCAUGAAGUACUGCACGCGCUGGGAUUUUAUCAUGAGCAGUCACGGAGUGACCGAGAUGAUUAUGUUAACAUUUGGUGGAAUGAAGUUAUAGAAGGUCAGACGCACAACUUCAACAAAUAUGACGACACGUUCAUUACUGACCUGAACACCCCCUACGAUUAUGAAUCUGUCAUGCAUUACGGACCUUACUCGUUCAAUAAAAACAGUAGCAUCCCCACUAUUACAGCGAAAAUCCCAGCGUUCAAUGACAUUAUUGGGCAAAGCCAAGAUAUGAGCAGGAUUGACCUCCAAAGGCUGAAUCAAAUGUACAGUUGUG